UACAUAUAUACCCCGUCGCGCGCGCGCUCACCAGCCCACCAACUCACUCCUCCUCCUCCGCCGCCCCACGGCCGGUCGAUCGGCUUCUUGGUUGCUCGCCGAUUAAGGAGGCGAGCUUUAUUGUUUCUUGGGUUGGGUGUGGUUGCCGGCGAUGGACACCGGGGAGGCGGCGUUCGGGGUGGCGAGCCUGCGGCUGAGCGGGUCGGCGAGGGGCGCCGGCCUGGGCUCGUACCGGGACCACGACGUGUUCUCGCUGGCGUCGUCGUCGCGCGCCGAGGCGGAGGACGACGAGGAGGCGCUCAAGUGGGCGGCGCUCGAGAAGCUGCCCACGCACGCCCGCAUCCGCAAGGGCAUCGUCGCCGACGCCUCCUCCGCCGCCGGCGCCGGCGGCGAGGUCGUCGACGUCGCCGGCCUCGGCUUCCAGGAGAGGAAGAACCUGCUCGAGCGCCUCGUCCGCGUCGCCGAGGAGGACCACGAGCGCUUCCUGCUCAAGCUCAGGCACCGCAUCGACAGGGUUGGGCUUGAUUUCCCGACGAUUGAGGUGCGGUACGAGCACCUGAGCAUCGACGCGUUGGCGCACGUCGGCAGCAGAGGCCUCCCGACGUUCCUCAACACCACUCUGAAUUCUCUGGAGUCUCUGGCCAAUUUGCUUCAUCUUGUUCCCAACAAAAAGAGGCCUUUGAACAUCCUCCACGACGUCCAUGGAGUGAUCAAACCCAGGAGGAUGACAUUGCUCUUAGGGCCACCAGGUUCAGGGAAGACCACACUGCUUCUUGCCUUGGCAGGGAAACUAGGAUCUGAUCUAAAGGUUUCAGGGAAAGUGACAUACAACGGAUACGGAAUGGAUGAGUUUGUGGCUCAAAGAUCAGCUGCUUAUAUAUCCCAACAUGAUCUCCACAUCCCUGAGAUGACGGUACGUGAGACACUGGCCUUCUCAGCCAGAUGCCAAGGAGUUGGUACUAGAUAUGACAUGUUGACUGAACUAUCUAGAAGGGAGAAGGCGGCGAAUAUCAAACCUGACCCAGAUCUUGAUGUCUACAUGAAGGCAAUAUCAGUGGGUGGUCAGGAAACAAAUAUAAUCGCUGAUUAUGUCCUCAAGAUUCUAGGACUUGACAUUUGCGCUGAUACCAUUGUGGGAAAUGAAAUGCUGAGAGGAAUCUCAGGGGGACAACGCAAGCGUGUCACAACCGGUGAGAUGCUUGUUGGACCGGCAAGAGCCAUGUUCAUGGAUGAAAUCUCCACUGGACUGGACAGCUCUACAACAUUUCAGAUAGUGAAAUCUCUUGGACAGAUCACCAAUAUUCUCGGUGGCACAACUGUCAUCUCCUUGCUGCAACCCGCACCAGAAACAUAUAAUCUGUUUGAUGAUAUAAUCCUCCUGUCAGAUGGACACAUUGUGUAUCAGGGGCCACGAGAACAUGUUCUUGAGUUCUUUGAAUCCAUGGGUUUCAAAUGCCCUGACCGGAAAGGCGUUGCAGACUUUUUGCAAGAAGUGACAUCAAGAAAGGAUCAACAGCAGUACUGGGCGAGGAGCAACAGGCGUUACCGCUACAUCCCAGUUCAGGAGUUUUCUCGUGCGUUCCAGUCAUUUCACGUUGGCCAAAGUCUGUCAGAAGAGCUGUCCCACCCUUACGACAAGAGCACUUCCCACCCUGCAUCACUCACCACCUCAACCUAUGGUGCCGGCAAGCUAGAGCUUCUGCGUGCAUGUGUGGCCAGGGAAUGGUUGCUCAUGAAACGCAACAUGUUUGUCUACCGUUUUCGUGCUUUUCAGCUUUUGGUGAUCACAAUCAUAGUGAUGACACUGUUCCUGCGCACAAACAUGCACCAUGAAACAAGGACUGAUGGCAUCGUUUACUUGGGUGCGCUAUUCUUUGCAAUGGUUGCGCACAUGUUCAAUGGUUUCUCCGAGCUCGCUAUGGCCACCAUAAAACUGCCUGUGUUCUUCAAGCAAAGAGACUACCUCUUCUUUCCUGCAUGGGCUUACACAAUACCAACUUGGAUUCUCAAGAUACCGAUAUCUUGCUUUGAGGUUGCCAUCACAGUUUUCUUGAGUUACUAUGUCAUUGGAUUCGAUCCAAAUGUGGGAAGGUUGUUCAAGCAGUACCUGCUACUAUUGUUGGUGAACCAGAUGGCUGCAGCAUUGUUCAGAUUCAUUGCAGCAUUGGGCAGGACCAUGGUUGUCGCAAAUACGUUGGCGUCAUUUGCACUACUAGUGCUCCUUGUGCUCAGUGGAUUUAUCCUGUCACACCAUGAUGUGAAGAAAUGGUGGAUCUGGGGCUACUGGAUCUCACCGCUCCAAUAUGCGAUGAACGCCAUUGCGGUGAAUGAGUUCCUUGGACACAAGUGGAACCGGUUCGUCCAAGGGUCCAAUAGAACUUUAGGAAUAGAGGUGCUCAAGUCCAGGGGAAUGUUCACUGAAGCAAAAUGGUACUGGAUCGGUGUCGGUGCACUGUUCGGAUAUGUGAUUGUGUUCAACAUCCUGUUCACCAUUGCUCUAGGAUACCUUAAACCGUCGGGGAAGGCGCAGCAAAUUCUUUCAGAGGAAGCACUGAAGGAAAAGCACGCCAAUAUCACUGGAGAAAUGGUUAAUGAGUCGAGAAGCUCUGCAUCAUCAGGACACAACACCAACACAAGGAGAAAUGAUGCAUCAGAUGCUGCAACAACAGGUGAGGCAAGCGAGAAUAGGAGAGGAAUGGUUCUUCCUUUUGCGCCGCUUGCUGUUGCCUUCAACAACAUCAGAUACUCUGUUGACAUGCCAGCGGAAAUGAAAGCCCAGGGUGUGGAUCAAGACAGGCUGCUUCUGCUGAAGGGAGUCAGUGGCAGCUUCAGGCCAGGAGUGCUCACUGCACUGAUGGGAGUCAGUGGUGCUGGCAAGACCACACUGAUGGAUGUGCUGGCUGGCAGGAAGACAGGAGGAUACAUUGAAGGCGACAUCUCCAUCUCCGGCUACCCAAAGAAGCAGGAGACCUUCGCUCGUGUCUCCGGCUACUGUGAGCAGAAUGACAUCCACUCACCAAAUGUGACUGUUUAUGAGUCCCUGGCUUACUCUGCAUGGCUCAGGCUGCCAUCCGAUGUUGAUUCAGAAACAAGAAAGAUGUUUAUAGAGCAAGUCAUGGAGCUGGUAGAGCUGAACCCUCUGAGGGAUGCUCUUGUUGGGCUACCUGGAGUGAAUGGCCUGUCAACCGAGCAAAGGAAGAGGCUGACCAUUGCUGUCGAGCUUGUUGCCAAUCCUUCGAUAAUAUUCAUGGAUGAGCCUACAUCUGGCCUUGAUGCAAGAGCAGCAGCAAUUGUCAUGAGGACCGUAAGGAACACCGUUGACACAGGCAGGACUGUCGUCUGCACCAUCCACCAGCCUAGCAUUGACAUUUUUGAGGCCUUUGAUGAGCUGUUCCUGAUGAAAAGAGGUGGAGAGGAGAUAUACGUGGGUCCUCUAGGACACCAUUCUUGCGACCUCAUUGAAUACUUUGAGGGAGUCCAAGGGGUCAGCAAGAUCAAACCAGGGUACAACCCGGCAACCUGGAUGCUGGAAGUGACCACACUGGCGCAGGAAGACACACUGGGGAUCAGCUUUGCAGAUGUCUACAAGAACUCUGAUCUCUACCAGAGAAACCAGAGCUUGAUCAAGGGCAUCAGCAGGCCGCCCCAGGGCUCCAAGGACCUCUUCUUCCCGACGCAGUUCUCGCAGAGCUUCCUCACGCAGUGCAUGGCCUGCCUGUGGAAGCAGAACCUCUCCUACUGGAGGAACCCUCCCUACACCGUCGUCCGCUUCUUCUUCUCCCUCGUCGUCGCCCUCAUGUUCGGCACCAUUUUCUGGCGCCUCGGCGGCAAAAGAUCGAGGCAGCAAGACCUGUUCAAUGCCAUGGGUUCGAUGUACGCCGCGGUGCUGUUCAUGGGGAUCUCCUACUCGUCGUCGGUGCAGCCGGUCGUCGCCGUCGAGCGGACGGUGUUCUACCGGGAGAGGGCCGCCGGCAUGUACUCCGCGCUGCCGUACGCCUUCGGUCAGGUGGUUGUGGAGUUGCCGUACGUGCUGGUGCAGUCGGUGGUGUACGGGGUGAUCGUGUACGCCAUGAUCGACUUCGAGUGGGAGGUGAAGAAGUUCCUGUGGUACCUCUACUUCAUGUACUUCACGCUGCUCUACUUCACCUUCUACGGCAUGCUCGCCGUCGGCCUCACCCCGAGCUACAACAUCGCCUCCAUCGUCUCCUCCUUCUUCUACGGCAUCUGGAACCUCUUCUCCGGCUUCGUCAUCCCCCGACCGAGCAUGCCGGUGUGGUGGAGGUGGUACUCGUGGGCGUGCCCGGUGUCGUGGACGCUGUACGGGCUGGUGGCGUCGCAGUUCGGCGACCUGACGCAGCCGCUCCGGGAUACCGGCGUCCCCGUCGACGCCUUCCUCAGGGACUACUUCGGCUUCAGGCACGACUUCCUCGCCGUCGUCGCCGUCGCCGUCGCCGGCUUCGCCGCGCUCUUCGCCGUCUCCUUCUCGCUCUCCAUCAAGAUGCUCAACUUCCAGAGGAGGUGAUGAUCGAUCGAUUUUUUGCUAACUAGCUAGACAUGGUCACCGCUUCCAGUGUAACAAUUAUACCUCUUCGAAUUUGUUUUUGUAACAAAAUAUGUUGUGUAGUCAAGCAAAUUUAUACACACACACACACACACUGGUGGAUAGUGCAGAUAAUUUGUUAAUUUUAGAUGCUUUGGAAUUUGUUCAUUUUGUUUCUCCUUUUGUACAUGUAAAUGCUUUUCAACAAGUACUUAGUACUUAAAACGCCUUUUGGGUCAGCGACAAAGCCUGUUUUAUGUUGGUGUUUUCAGGUGAUUUGAACCGGAUUACAAAACAUAUAGAACUUUUAACUCUUGACUUGUAUGAUCUAAAAGUGACGUGAUGAU